AUGGAAUAUGGAUAGAAUUCACAGAUGGAUAUUAGGGGUAUUUAUGUUAAGCAAUUGUUAAAUUGUUAGUAAAAGUUAAAUGAUUUAAUGUGGUGAAUAGAAAAAUAGUCGAAAAAUUGAUAAAUGGAUUAUUUUUUGAAGGAAAAUUUAAUAUCAAACAUUUAAAUAAAUGUAACACAUAGAAUAUUGAUAUUUCUAGAAUUCCAAAUAAUGAUGACGACUCUGAUGAUGACAAAACAGAAGAUUAAGAUAUUCAAGGUUCAAUUAAAAUUGGAUAGAGUUUAUUAAUUAUCAAGAGUAUUUUUGUUAUGAUUAUGUAAUUAGCGAUUGUUUAGUUCUGUAUAGUGGUUAAUAUAGUAGAAGUAAACAAGUUGUUAGAUGGGAUGGGCAUUUUUAGGAUGAUUAAAUAUAUAAUAAAAAUUUAAACUUUUAUUAUUUUAAAAAAUGCCGAAUAAAAUAGAGGCGGAGGAUUGUAUGACAAUAAACUAGGAAAUUAAUUAAGUUUGGUUUUUCGAUAGAAGUGAGUGAAGGAUUUUAAAUGUAUUUUUUUUUAUUGCAUAUUUAGAGACAGGCAAGUCACUUUUAUUGGGAAAUAUUAAAACGAAAGUAGAAUUGAUAAAUUGGAUACUUUCUAUUAAGACGAAUAGAUGUAAAAUAUAUUAUAUAAACUAUUUAUUUAACUCAAAAAUUAGAAAUAAAAACAGUGGGGGUGAAACUAAUGAUAAAGAAUAAAGAUAGUAAUGUUAUAAGUUCAAAUAAAAUCGAGAAAUUGAUUGA